ACUACUGUUGUGCGGUCUGCGAAUAAUCGAGUAAAUACUACAAAAAUAGCUAUAAAUACCUAUACUUACGUGAUUAUUGUGUGACAUUUGAUGAUGUGUUAAGGUAUAAGGCACAGGCAUACGCCGUAAGCGUUGGGUGCUAAGGUGUUUACUUUGUUUUAAUAAAUUAUAGCUACACGUGAGUACAACUGGACAACAGAACGAUAUUUUAUUUACAUCCGUAAUUCGUAAAUACUGGACUUUCUCAGUUUUUGUUUCCAUAUGAAACAAUAACUACAAUUUUAAUCAUGGACAAUUUAUGUAACGAAGUCAUUAUAAAAGUUAAAGAAGCAAUACGAGCGAAACUAAAAGAAAUGAAUGCAAAUAGCAGCGAUGAGAUAAUUGAUUAUAUUAUGCUGUUAGUCACUACUAAAAAAUCUAGCUCUGAGUUGGCUAAAAGUAUUGAGUUUGUGAUGGAAAGUAAUACAAAUGUUUUUGUGAAAUGGUUGUCAACAAUUAUUAAAAAAUUGCAACAAGUAACUGUUAGUACAACAAAACAAAUUGUAUCAGACAAUUUCCAAACACCCGAGCAAAAUUUAACAACCAAUGGAAUAAAUGAAAGUGAUGAUAUUUUAGAAUGUGAAUCUAAUGAUAUAAAAUCGGAUAAUACUGAUAAAGUAAAAGAAGAACUUAAUUUAAGUGUUGAUGAUGAAAACAUGAAAAAAUCUAAUCGAGAAAAACAUAAAAAUUGUUUACCUGAAUUAAAUGUAUCUAACUCGGUUAAGUAUGAUGAGACUAUAAUAUCUUCAGCGUCAAACAAAAUAAGACCAAGAAUAUGUAUCUCAUCCAUAGAAGCUAUUAAGACUAAACAUAACAUAUUGACAAAUGAAAAAGACAUUGCUAUAAAACCUUCACAAAAACUCCAUCCUACAAUUUCUAUUAAUUCUCAUGUAUCAAAACAAAAUAUUAUUAAUGAUAAUGAAACAGUUGAUAAUAAAAGAAAAAGACCUCGAAUAUCUAUCAACAGUGACAAUGAAGAUGAGAAAACUGAUAUGUCUAAACUUCCAAUUGCUACUAAUGAAACAAUCAAACAUACUGCAAAAGAGUUACCAAAAAAUAACAAAAAAACCAUGUCUCAAGUUAUAGUUGUUAAAUCACAUUCCAAAAAUAAUACCAAUGAAACUAGAAAGAAGCUAAAUAUGCAUGAUUUAAUUGUUCAACGAGUAGAUCAUCAGCGUGGCGCUUUGGCUUUGGAUACUGCAUUCAAGUACAUUCAGCAACAAAUUGGUGCAACAGAAAAAGAAAUAGCUGUUAUAAAAAAAUGGAGGGAUUAUGCUGUAGAUAUGUUACGUUCCAGCAAAAAUUAAUAAUAUUUUAUUCAUGAUAUUUUGUCUAAUGUAUUUUUUCAUUGGAAAUGAUACCUUCAGACGUUAGUUUAAAAGUAUUUAUUUUAUGUAUUAAAAUAAGUCAAUAUUUUUUUUUAUUGUUUCCAAAAAGAAAAAAACUACUCAAAAAAAAUCUAAAAUAUUAGUGCUAAUCAAUUUUAUACUUAUUUGGUUAAAAAUGUAUUAUUUAUUAAAUAUUAAUUCUAAGUUAAGUAUCCGAAAGUAUAUAAUAUAUUAUAAGAUUUGGUUGUAAUUAAGUUUAUUUAUAAUUUUUUGUAAAAAAUUAGUGACCUGAUAUUUAAAAAAGACUGAAAUCUAGAAAUAAUAUAUUUUUUACCUUGGAUGUUUACGUUCAUUUAUGCAAGCAUCUAGUUUUAGGUUUGUAAUAUUGUUCACAGUUUAUUAAUUUGUAAGGUUCGAAUAAUAUUAAUGAGAAAGAUAUUAAUAAACACCAUGCGUAAUUGUAUAAUAAUAAUUAAAGUCACUUCUCUGAUUUUUAAUUAAUAUUUUAAUGGAGAGCUUAAGUUUAUGUAGUUGCAUAAUUAAAACUGUACAAAAUACCCACAAUAUAUUGUAAUGUACUAUUUUCUAA